AUGAGAGGCGAGAUGGAGCGAGGCGGGAUGGAUCGAGGCGGGAUGGAGCGAGGUGGGAUGGAGCGAGGCGAGAUGGAGCGAGGCGGGAUGGCGUGCACGGGGGUGGUGUGUAGCACGCACAGCCGGCGUCAGUCAGUGGCAGAGCAGUUUCAGCAGCAGGGGGAGAGCAGCCAUGCACAUGCAGCGGACGAAGCCCGUUUGGAGGCUCUGCUGCAGGAGGGGCUUCCGCACCAGCAGCAGCAGCAGGGAGGAGCAAGGAGCAAGGUGCAGCGAGUAUUGUGGCCACGCGUUGGGUCGGAGAGUGCCCUUCCAGACGACGUGCUGCUGGGAUUCAGCAGCGAGGAUGCUGCCCUCACGAAACGUGCUGCUCUGUCUGCUCCUCCACCCAUCCACCCACGUGCAGUGCUGCCAGCGCCAAUGCCGUCCAAACUCGCUGCUCCGCCUAGCUCUGCUCUCUGCUUUCAAAAUCCCAUCGCUUGCUGCGGGGAUUUUGCUCCCUGCUUUGGGGAUUUCUCGUUGCAGCCAGUGGACUGGCCGCGCAUUGGGUCGGAGAGUGCCCUUCCAGACGACGUGCUGCUGGGACUCUGCUGCGAGGGCCCUGCCUUCUCGCAGUGCUCUGCUCCCUCGACUCCUCCGCCCACCCCGCUGCCAGCGCCAGUACCCUCUGUGCUUGCUGCUUUACGUGGCUGCGCUCUCGGGAGCAAUUGUGCAACUCGUGAGCUGGAAUGCCUGGACGCAUGCAUUGACAUGCUUGCCAACGGAAACAACAGCAACGGCAACAGCAACGACAAUGACAACGGCAACGGCAAUGACAGCAACAGUGACGAGGCUCUCUUUCUCGACACGCCAGUGGCUCACAUGCUGCUGGGUGGAAGUACCCUCACCGUGCACUGCGGGAGUGGGCCUCAGCAACAGGCGUUGGCAGCCCCUAGUGUUGCUGAGGCAGACCUGCCUGAGUGGGCGAUGGAGCAGGGAGGAGACUGGGAGGGAGGUGAUCAGCGGCACCAACACCGGCAGCUGAAGGGUUCUUGCACAUGCAAGCUCCCAUACAGCCACGCCCAGCCAUGCUGCAGCAGCCCUUCCCCACUGGUGGUGCUUUACCGGCUCUCUGCCAACCCCAUGCUGCUUCCUUGCCCCGAAGUGGCCUUUACUCCGAGACUUGAUGGUGGUGCCCCGUGUGCCACUGAUGGUCAUAGGCUCAGCCGCUCAGCGUGGAUGGGCGUGAUUGACUAA